UCGUCCAACGAGUCACUUCAACACCACAACUCAUUCGGAGUCAUAUCAUUGAAAUACAAAAAUGGAGAACUCGUCGAGCUACACCCACAAGAAGUUUGCCGUCAGCAAGCGGAAACGGGAAGAGGACCAGGACAAGGAGAACCUAACUCAGCAGUCGGAGCAGCCGAUCUUCAAGCGACGCCAGACACAGGGAUUCUUCCGACCUUGGUUGGAUAAUGAGCAGAACCAACAGGCGGAGAAGGAGACGUCACCGAUGGCAAAGCCCAGUGGCCCAGGAUACUCAGUGAGCCAGUACCGUGCCAACAUGGUGCGCCGCAGUCAGACCCAUCGCCAGCGAAGCCCCAAGGAGCAGAUGCGCCGGGAUAGAAACACCCUGGCCUGCCUUCUCAGCCGGCGUGCCAAGCAGGCUCAGGAGGAGCAAGUGGGUCAGCAGUACGAGCAGUAUCGGAGCCACCAUGCCGCCAUGCUGGAACAGCAGGUGCGCCUCAGUCUCUACUAUCGCCACAUCCUCCAGCAGGCGGUGUUCCAGCGUGCGAUCAAUCCGGCACCGGGUCACAUUCUGCCGCAGCAGCAACAGCAGUUCCUCCAGCAGAUGGCCCUCUCCCAGCAGAUGCUCAUCUUUGGUGGCCAGCACUGCUGACCGUUCAAAAUAUCAUAAUCAGCGACUAUGGAUAGCCCAAUCAUGUGAUUUAGUUUAUUAAGCCUUAAUUAUUAAUAUUUAUU